CUGUAGUGUUGGUUCAGCUGUAGUGACUGACCAGGCUUCAGGGAAACUUGUGCUGAGUGAAGAAGGCGCUGAAGCUCCUGUGCUUCCUCGGAAACUUGCUGUGCUUGCUCACUCUGCGCUGAGGUGGCGUCUGUGCGGUGAUGGCAGCGGGGAUUUCUAACUGCUGCAUCCCAGAGGUUCAGUGAUUCAUCGGAGGAAGUACGAUUUUAACUCGGAAAGUAACGCAGGUGGUGUAAAGUGUGUGAAGACAAGAAGUGGCUGAAGUGUGUGAUAGCGCCAUGCUAAUAAACUAAUCUGAGCUGCACAGAGAAGUGCUCCACGUCAGCGCGCUCAGGACGCACUCAGGACGCCAGAAGAGUGGAGAGCUUUGACCUUCCCCGCGCCAGCAUGGGCUGCAGUAAAGCGUGCGUAGGUUUGAUCGGCGCGCUUGUCGUCGUCACGCUGGUGGCGGUGCCAACAGCCAUCUAUGUAAACAGAAGCGAUUCGGGUUCAAGGAGGACUUUCACAUUCGAUGACUUUUAUAAUGACACUAUUAGGUAUCAAACCUACAAUUUACGGUGGAUUUCAGAUAAUGAAUAUCUCCACAAAAGCAAGGAUGGUAAUGUGUAUCUGCAUAAUGUAGAGACCAUGACCAGCUCAUUAUACUUGAGCAACUCAACAUUUGCUCUGGUGGAUGCAACAGAUUACAUAGUGUCUGCUGAUAGGAAAUAUGUCUGUUUGGAAAGCAACUUUUCAAAACAAUGGAGACACUCUUUCACAGCCUCAUAUUCUAUAUAUGAUAUGAAGACUCAGGCCUUUAUCACACCUACUUACAUCCCUGAAGUUAUCCAGUUGUUAAUGUGGGCACCCGUGGGAAACAUAAUGGCAUUCGUGUGGAAGUAUAACAUUUACAUCAAGCUAAAUGCUACUGCUGAGUCCAUACAAAUCACUAAUGAUGGAAAAGUCAAUCAAAUUCUCAAUGGAAUACCAGACUGGUCUUAUGAAGAGGAGGUGUUUGUGUCAAAUGAGGGAAUGUGGUGGUCUCCUACUGCACAGUACCUGGCCUAUGUGCAGAUUAAUGACACCGAGGUGCAAGCCAUUGAAUACUCCAUGUAUGGAAAUGGACAAUACCCCACCACCAAGAUUGUCCCCUACCCCAAGGCUGGCUCCAAUAUUCCAAAAGCAAAGCUGUUUGUGAUCGAUGUUUCAACUGCAUCUAUUUCUUCAGAGGUGGUGGUUCCCAAAUCCCUCGGAGCAGGUGAUCACUACCUGAGUUCAGUAACAUGGGUAACUGAUGAGCGGAUUGCUGUGCAGUGGCUAACACGCAGGCAAGACCAAGUUCUCCUUCAGAUAUAUGACUAUGAUGGGACCAGCUGGAAUGAAAAUACGAAAUUUGAGCAAAACAGCAGAACUGGCUGGGUUGGUCGGUACAACCCUAUGCAUCCUUACUUUACCGCAGACAACAUCGGUUUUUACAAGGUGAUGAGUGAUGCAAAGGGCUACAAACAUCUCCACUAUGUGAAGGAUGGCAAAGCAAUAGCAGUCACCUCAGGCAAAUGGGAAGUAACCUAUAUAUCAAAAUUAACCAAAGAUGCCAUCUACUAUGUUAGUAAUGAGCAUAUGGGAAAACCAGGCCAGAGAAACCUUUAUAAGAUAUCCUUCAGUACAAGUCAUAGUCACUCUGCCGCUGAAUGCCUCACCUGCUCACUCUAUGAGGACAGGUGUCAGUACAAUUCAGGGUAUUUCAGCCAAAACGGCUCUUACUUCCGCAUGGACUGCUAUGGACCAGGACUGCCCAUUUUUACACUUAUGGACAAUCGAGGAUCUUGUAAAGAAAUUCAGGUACUUGAAGACAAUAAAAAGCUGGAACAAAUUCUGAAGACAGAGCUUCAAAUGCCAACAAUGAAACGUGCCACAUUAAAAAUUGCAGGGAUUGAUUUAUGGUACCAGAUGAUGUUUCCCCCCGAUUUUGAUGCUUCCAAAAAAUACCCACUCCUGAUUCAAGUGUAUGCCGGUCCAGCGAGUCAGUACGUGGACUAUAAAUUCAGGCUGGAGUGGGCCACGUACCUCUGCAGCACGGAGAAAGCCAUCAUUGCUAGCUUUGAUGGAAGAGGAAGCGGUUACCAAGGUGAUGAAAUAAUGCACGCCAUCUACGAGCGGCUGGGCACAUAUGAGGUGGAAGAUCAGAUCUCAGCUGUGAGGAAAUUCAUCGAUAUGGGUUUUAUAGACAAAGACCGAAUAGGAAUGUGGGGAUGGUCAUAUGGUGGCUAUGUGACCUCCAUGGCUCUGGGCUCAGGGAGUGGCCUGUUCAAAUGUGGAAUCGCUGUAGCUCCUGUUUCCAAGUGGGAAUAUUAUGAUGCUGUGUACACUGAGAGGUACAUGCAUCGCCCUGAAGAGAAUUCAGACAGCUAUAAAAAUUCCACAGUAACAGGCAGAGCAAAGAAUUUUAAAUCAGUGCAGUACCUGCUGGUGCACGGCACUGCGGACGAUAAUGUCCAUUUCCAGCAAGCUGCUCAGAUUUCCAAAGCCCUGGUGGAGCAGCAAGUAGACUUUGAGGCAAUGUGGUACACUGAUAAAGAUCAUAGCCUGUCUGGAAAGGCCCGCUACCACCUCUACACACACCUCAGUCACUUUCUUCAGAAGUGCUUUUCUGAAAAGAAAUAAAUAAUCGCCUUAUUUAUAGGACAUUUGUAUUGAAACCAAACUGUGCAACACUUAUAUAUAUAAAUUAUGUUGAAAUAUUAACAAAUUGAGACUUUGAAUACUGCUGGAUUCAAGUUUCUUUUUUGCUGAAUCUUUAUUUUACUCUUCUAAUUUUUCUUAUGUUUUUUGCUUUGUUGAUCAAGCAAAACAUGACCGAUAAGUGUGUUUACUGUUUGCAUGUUUUUUAUAAUAAUGUGUAUAAAAUAUUAUGCCUUUACAGUAAAUGUGACACUGAUUAUGAUGCUAUUUGAAGGAUUACUUGCACUGAAUUCAAUGUGUAUUAAAGUCUUUGGUAUGAUCUUCCCUGAUAAAAUCUGUGGUAUUGGAAAGCAAAGUGUAACACAGUGUUUGCAACUAUUCAAAUAAAUAAUAAAAACA